CGCCGUCGUCGCCCCCGCGCCGAGUCCCGCCCGGGCCGCUCCCGCCGACCGUUGGGCGGCCUGCCGAUGUCCCUCCCUCAGGACCUCCCCCCACCCCUGAACUGCUCUCGCGGCAGCGACCCAUGUGGGAGUUCAGGCUCCUGCGGUCGCCACCGCUGCUGCUCCUCCUGCCGCAGCUCAGCCUCGGAAUCGCCGCGUCCCGCUCGCAGGCCGAAACCAUGAACCUGGGCGGCGGCAGCGGUGCGCCGUUCUCCCCGUCGGCGGAGGGGCGCCGGUCGCAGUGCCUGCAGCUGUCCACGGUGCCGGGAGCUGACCCGCAGCGCAGCAACGAGUUGCUCCUGCUGGCGGCGGAGACAGCCGGGGAGGGACCGGAACGGCGGGCCCUCCCUGGGGACCGGGCGAAGGAGGAGCCGCAGCCAGCGCCCCAGCAUCACGUUCUCUAUUUCCCGGGGGAUGUGCAGAAUUACCAUGAAAUUAUGACUCGUCAUCCUGAGAAUUAUCAGUGGGAAAACUGGAGUCUAGAAAAUGUGGCCAACAUUUUAGCCCACCGGUUCCCCAAUAGUUACAUUUGGGUGAUAAAGUGUUCUCGAAUGCAUUUGCACAAAUUCAGCUGCUAUGAUAAUUUUGUGAAAAGUAAUAUGUUUGGUGCUCCAGAACACAAUACUGACUUUGGAGCUUUUAAGCACCUUUAUAUGUUAUUAGUUAAUGCUUUUAACUUAAGUCAGAACAGUUUGUUAUCAAAGAAGAAUGUGAAAGAUUUGAAUCAGGACUCCAAAGCAUCUAAUUGUAGAUCCAGUUCUUCUCACACUACUAAUGGUUGCCAGGGAGAAAAAGAGAGGACCUGUGAAAAGUUUGAUGAGUCCGCCAUGAGUUUUUAUCCACCAUCACUAAAUGGUGCUUCUUUUACUUUGAUCGGAUUCAGUAAAGGUUGUGUUGUUUUGAAUCAAUUGCUUUUUGAAUUAAAAGAAGCCAAGAAAGACAAGAACAUAGAUGCUUUUAUCAAAAGCAUAAGAACAAUGUACUGGCUGGAUGGUGGUCAUUCCGGAGGAAGCAAUACUUGGGUUACUUAUCCAGAAGUCUUGAAAGAAUUUGCACAAACAGGAAUUAUUGUUCAUACCCAUGUAACACCUUACCAAGUAUGUGAUCCAAUGAGAUCUUGGAUUGGAAAGGAGCACAAGAAAUUUGUUCAAAUACUUGGAGAUUUUGGUAUGCAGGUGACUAGCCAAAUUCAUUUUGCAAAGGAAGCUCCUUCCAUAGAGAAUCACUUCAGGGUUCAUGAAGUAUUUUGAGACUACAAGAACAUUAAUGUCCUUGUUCAGUGGAAGAGCAGAAGCACUUUGAGUGUUAUAAAUUCAGGUAGUGAGAUCUAAUUCAUAGAUGCACUGUCAGUUUUUUGGGGGCGGGAGGGGCGGGGGGAGGAAGCACACAUUCCUAAAGAGUGUAAUGUGCAAUAGUAUUCCUUGCUCGUGAAUGUGAACAGUUUUUAAUUUGGAUUGGGUUAGAAUUAGUUCAUUUGAAAAGUAAAAGGUGAUUUGUGAUAACCUUACAAGGAGAUACAAGACCCUUAGGAAUGAAAGUUAUGAUAUAGUCCUUCUAAAAGGUAAUGAAAAUUGUUAUUGUUGGAAACAGUUUAUUUUCUGAGUACUAAUGUUUGGAACUAAUUUUGGUGACACUAACGGUAAUUAGCUAUUUUGGCACUCAAAACUCCCAUUUUUCUUCAAAUAAAGCAAAGGCACACUGAUGUUUUCCAUAAUUCUGGAAUAACUAUAUCCUGCCUCUUAUGUUUUAUAAACUCAUAGUCAUCCUUUAAUGUGCCACCAAGUGUUUUUUUUCUUGAAAGUCAAAAUGUAUUUGUUUCCACAUUUCCAAAAACAUGUAGUAAUGUACAGUUGGUUUUUAAAAACAUUACACUUAAGCACUGUGGCUUUUAGAUAAGACAUUUUGGACUUGACUCUUGGCCAAAAACCAGUUCUUUGGCAAAAUUGUUUUAAUUAGAACAUAAUUAGGUAUACUGCGUAAAAACAGACUACAAAUUUAAAAUCUUUUCAUCAUAUCAGUCUUUUGAAAGAGAUCAACUUAGGUGAAGUAAAUAUAUAACACUCGAUUUGUUACUGCUCUAUUGAAAAGGAGGCAGAUUCUAUACAUCUAAGUCAGUGUUUCUCCAGAAGCUUGAUUUUGUCUGCCAAAAGAAAGCAGCUCUCUUUGGCCAAAAUGCAAAAUUAUAUUGCUAUAAGAAAAGUUACAAGGGAAAGUUUGAAGACACAAAUGAUUUAGUUUUGGCUCAAAAACUGAAUUUGCUUAACACUGCUACAUAAUUUGGGUGAGGUUUCCUUCUGCCUGUUUUUCUUGACCUAGAUAAAUACAUUUUGAGAAACCAAGAUCUAAUGAGUGUCAACUAACACUGACAGCUGUAUGAUUACAAUAAAAGGUGAGCAGUCACUUUUUUAUUGCUUAUUAAUAAUUAACUUUUGCAGGUCAUGAAAUAAUUAAGCAGGCAUUGCCGCUUUCAAAUUGAUAAAAAAAGAUACUGAAGCUUAAUAUCUUAAUAACCCAGAGGACCUAAAUUUAUAAAAUACAGAAUUAAAAUGUUAAUCUCUUGGUUUCUUCCCAGACUUAUAUUUUAAUGACUCUAUAAUACAUUCCAAAUAUUCAAACUUAUCAGAAUUCUUGCUCACCAAAUGCUUAGAAAUGACAUCCCUUAAUUGUAUAAAGUACAGAAUAGUAUCUCAAUUUUUUUUAAGGACAAGUUAGUUUAUGUUGGUUCAAUUUCUUUACCGGCUUUUAAGACCAAAAAUUCCCAGUAAGGAAACCAGCAACCUGAUUCUAGCAUUUUAUUACCUAAUCUUAAAGUAUCAUGAUUGAUCGGAUGGCUUCUUUCAAUGUUUAAUAAUCCUUGGUUAAAUUCAUGCGUAUCUAAUGUUAAGUAGCUAAGUUACUGAAUGCACUACUGAGGGGGAAGGAAAAGCACUUAUUUCACAGGAUUAGGUAAAAUGGAAAAAAGACUUUUGUAGAAGGAUUUAUUUUAAAAAUCUGAGAUAUUUAAAAAUCUGGGUUCUUUAGCUAUCUAGUCAUAUGACUGCUUAAUUAUAAUUGUUAUGUGUUCAAUGGAUGUUAAGAAUAACUCACUGGACACCUGGAACUGCCACUGCAACAGGAUGAGAGUGUUGAAAGUAGAAAUAUUUUCUUGAAUGAAAAUAUAUUCCAGCUGAUCCAUAUUCAAAUAUUUAUGACUUCCAAUUUGUUCUUUCUCUACAUUUGUUUAAAACUAUUGUAAAUGUUAGUGUAUCCUUUUGGAUUGUGCCUUUGUGUUUGUGUCAUGAGAAUCAACUGAGAAGUCAUAUAGAUAAUGUGAAAGUUGUUACCGCCACAGCAUGAAUGUACAAUUGUAUUAAAUUUAAUCCAGAGAA